CUUUUCCAGCUGACCCUCACCACUGGUCCUAGGAAAAAAACGUCAGUGAAAAAAUUAGAGACAGCGCGGGGCACUGAUGCACAAUACGAAGCGCCGUAUGGCUUAUUGGGCGGAAUACAUUCAUGAUCAUUUCAGUUGGCCCCCUGCUUCCGAACUUCUUCCCACUCAGGUGACGCAGGAUGAGCCAUGGAUAGUUAGUUUAGAGACUCCAUCGGAGGCUGAGGUUCGGAACGGGAUCACAGUCCUCAAUAGUUUUCGUGCUGCUGGCCCGGAUUUCCUCCCGCCUGCAAUAUUUAAGGAUAAACGUGAGAUCCUGCAAAGCACUGACCUCACCAUCCCGGCUAACUGGAGGGAAUCAACUACAGUGGUAACAUACAAGAAGGGCAGUCGCACAGACUGUGCUAACCACAGGGGUAUUAGCCUAACGCCAGUGGUGACAAAAUUACUGACCCCAAUUCUCGUUCGUCGCCUCCUUACGGAACGGAAAUCCCGGAUUAGGAAAGAGCAGGCAGGUAUCCACCUUGGAUGAGGCUGUAUAGUCCAUAUAUUCACGCUGCGGCAGGUGCUAGAGCAGCGCCGCAUGUACCGCAGGCCGACAAUAGCUGUGCUCCUCGAUUUCCUUUAGCGUUCGAUUUAGUCGAAUGAUCCAUUUUGUUCGAAAUGCUUGCGCGGAAAGGUGUUUCCAUGAAAUAUGUGAACAUUUGACGUCCCAUGUACUCGUACACUACAGAAUCUACGGUGACCUGUCGAAUAUCUUUCCGACAAGUGGAGUUCGUCAGGUUUGUCCAGUUUCCCCAGUUUUGUUCAAUUUCGUCGUGGACUCCAUCAGGGAGUGUACCCUCACGGAACCUCACGAUGCUGGCGUUGAGGUCCUGCUUGGUGAAAGGUUAGUUGAUGUUGAUUACGCGGACGACGUCGUAUUGCUGUGUAAUGAUGUUGAGG